AUGGCACCGAAAUUCUUUGUCACUGGAGCCACAGGUUAUAUUGGUGGUGACGCUCUGUUUCACCUAACCCAUAAAUACCCUGACCUAGACUUGGCUCUUCUGGUGAGGUCCGAAGACAAAGCCAAAACAGUCCAAUCGAAGUACCCGAACGCUAGGAUCGUUCUCGGAAGUCUUGAUGAUUCAGAUAUCAUUCGCCGUGAAGCCGCAUGGGCCGACAUUGUUCUUCACACGGCCGACUCAUCAGAUCAUGAGGGCAGCGCAAAGGCCAUUUCAAAGGGCCUGGUUGAAGGUCAUUCCCCUUCUCGACCAGGCUACUGGCUUCAUGUCGGCGGUACCGGCAUUCUCACAUAUUUCGACUCCGUGAAAAAGACAUUUGGUGAGCCCGACGAGAAGGUGUUUAACGAUCUCGAAGGCGUUGAUGAACUGGUGAACCUGCCUGACGACGCCUUUCACCGCAAUGUUGAUAAGAUUGUCUUAGAAGCGGGGGCCAAGCAUUCUGAUAGAGUGAAGACAGCUGUUGUCUGUCCUCCGACCAUCUAUGGAAAGGGACGUGGUCCGGUGUCUGGGCGUGGCCGCCAGGUUUACGAGUUGACGUCUUUCAUCCUUAAAGAGAAGUACUGCCCACGAAUUGGCAGAGGUCUCUCCCGGUGGAACAACAUCCAUGUCUACGAUUUGAGCAGCGCAAUCGGUCUCUUGGCCGAAGCCGCGCUCGACCCCUCUCGCAAAGACGACUCACAGAUAUGGGGUCCGCGAGGCUACUUCCUCACUGAGAACGGUGAGCAUACUUGGAGCGAUCUGGCAGUCCAGAUUGGACGCGAAGUGUGCACACAAGGAUUGGCAAGUGGCGAGCUCGAGCUCAAGGAAUUGUCAAUGGAUGAGGCCGUCAAGUCUUCUGCCGGAUUCGAAGCGGCGAGUUGGGGCAUGAACUCUAGGGCCAAGGCGUUGCGGGCAAAGAAGUUUCUGGGAUGGCAGCCAGUGGAGCAUGGAUUAAUCCAGGAAAUUCCGACUAUUGUCAAGUCAGAGGCAGCGAGGCUGGGUUGA